UGCAUAUGAAGCUGGGGGGGGGGUCCUACUCGGGAACACCCUUCCAAGAUGGCAGCCAACAGUAGCAGCACGGGUAACAAGUCCAGCAGCGGCGGCGGCGCCGCAGGGAAGCAGUCCGGCCCGUCGGCUGAACAGGUGGUGGCAACAUUUCAGAGGAUGCGUCAGGAACAGCGCAACAUGGCGUCUAAAGCCGCAGAGCUGGAGAUGGACAUCAACGAGCACAGUUUAGUAAUUGAAACUCUAAAGGAAGUGGAUCCUUCGAGGAAAUGCUUCCGUCUAAUAGGAGGAGUGUUGGUGGAGAGGACGGUGAAGGAAGUUCUACCUGCACUGGAAAGCAACAAAACAGGGAUUUCCGAAAUAGUCGAGAGCAUCAACACGCAGAUGCAGGCGAAAGGACGGGAGCUGACAGAGUACAGAGAACGCUACAACAUCCGUCUGGUUGGAGAGGGCGAAGGAGAGGCCCAGGGCCAGCCUGCAGCGUCGUCCAGUAACAGCGAGGGAGGCGCAUCUAAAAGCGGAGCCGGCGUUUUAGUGUCAUAGCUUGUUAGGACGGACAGUGACAGCAGAGCCUUCUGAUCUCUGCAUCGCCAAAAGAGAAAAGAAAUAAAUGGGAAAAAAAAAAAAAACCUCGGUUGGAAAAUCUGAACUCUUCACAGGAUAACUUUGGAUUGAACGAUUUACUGUAAUCUGCAAAAUAUGAUACACUUGUUUUUUCACAUCAGGUUCAAGCAAAUGUACUCCCGAUUCUCUAUGUUUGGUUAAGUGGUCAUGUUUGUCCUGAUCUGAGGUCUGCUUUCAUUGAUCUUUUUUUUUCUAAAAUACUGUCAUCAACAAUUCAAUUAAACACAUACCUUCUUUAUUUUAA